UGCCUGCUCCCUAUUAGCCUGGGGUUCCCGGGGUUCCUGGGGUUCCUGCCUGCCAGCUGACUUCACCCCUCUCACAGCCCUCACCUGCUUUCACCUGCACCAUAUUUAAAUAAAGCCUGGACUUUUGCGGGAGCCCAGUAUUACUACCAGGGGUUGAUGGAUUAUCUGGAGAACAGGUUGUUGGCCAUUGAGGAUCGCAUGCAGUUUUGGCAUGAACAGUCCCAUCGCUACCACACAGAGCUGCAGGAUUUCAAAAAGCUAACUGCCGUGACCAUGGACGGGCUCAAGAACGAGCACAGCAUGCUGUUCAAAGACUUAGAAGGAGCUGCAGUCCAAGUGGACCGGGUGGAGCGGGAGCUGGACUACGUGGAAACCCAGACUUCACCUCGGGCCUGUGCAAAUAAGGCAGACAAGGUGGUGGAGCAGGGGGUCUGGAGGCUGGAGGAGAGCAGAGGAGAGGAGGAGGAGGAGGAGGAUGAACACUGGGAGGAGCUGCACUCCAGAGUCUCUGACUGUGUGGAAAUCAUCUCUGGCAUCAGAUCAGUGAAGAUCCUGAAGAGAGUGGGCAGUCCCAAGGGCAUGUGGACCAGAGACCCCAGGUCUUCCAAGGUGUACAUCUUUAACGGGACAUCGGGUGACAUCAUCUACCAGUUCAACUCUGUACGUGAGUUUUCCCGCUCUCCGGGAGUCACAGGCAGCAGACAGAUCAGGCUGCCCUCUGAGUGGAGUGGUCCUGGUGGUGCUGUUUAUAAUAAUUAUUUGUACUACAUAAAACAGGAAGCCGAUACAGACGUGCAGGUGGUAAAAUAUGACCUGCUUAGUGGCUCAGUGACAGAUAUUGCCAUGAUCCCUGUGGACAGCCACGCUACUGUCUACAACCUCAACCCAGAGACCAUUGCAGACAUCGCAGCAGAUGACGAGGGCCUCUGGCUCCUGUACGCCACAAGUGACAGUGAACCAAACAUCAGCCUUGCAAAGAUGGACCAUGCCACGCUCGAUAUAGAACAAAUCUGGGACACCCGGUGCCCAAGGGAGAAUGCAGAGGCGGCUUUUGUGGUCUGUGGAACCGUCUAUGUCGUUUACAACACCCACCUGGCCAGCCGCUCCCGGGUUCAGUGUGUGUUUGACGUCAACGACAUGGUGAUCAGCGAGGAGGCUCCCCUGCUCUACUUCCCCAGGAGGUACGGGGCCCACGCUAGUCUGAAAUACAACCCCGAGGAGAAACAGCUCUAUGGCUGGGACGAUGGCUACCAAAUCAUUUACAGACUGACCAUGAAGAGGAAACUCCUGGUCUGACAGCGGGGAAGUGGUGUCAUGUUUUCAAAGGCGAGGAUGAAAAAUAGGAGCAGUGAAUUUGUACAUGCUAUCCAGCUUAUUCUUCGUCCCACGAUACCUUGCCGAAAUAAUGGGACUUCCAGUUAUUCCUCUCCUUGAACAGGCAUCUGUGAUAGUCAACGAUAUGCAGCGUGUCUUCCCAUUUUUUAAAAAAAGGCUUUUGGGGAAUAAAUAAUGUGUGAAUAAAGCCUGUUAAACAUCAAAGGAAAAGUUAGAUAUUUUUGGAAAUAAGCUAAUUUGCUUUCUUGCCUAGAGUUAGAUGAAAAGAUUGAUACCACUCUCGUGUCUUUACGGUAAAUUUAAAGGCACCACAAUCAGCUGCUUAACAUAAAAAUUGGAAGCAGGGAAACAUCUAACAAAAUCUGCCUAACAGCAGCUCACUAAUGAGCAUGUUUAACCCCCUUUUUAUAUGUAUAUGUACAAUUUGUUGUUUUCACACUUGGAUUUGUAUGGAUUGAGCAAAUCGGAUAUAAUAUGUUGAUCUGGGAGCUUCAAAUGAGCUAGAAGGUGGAAUUUUGUUUCCUUUGGACAGAGACAGGUUUCCCUGUUUCACCUUGUUUUCAGAGUGUGUGCUAAGUUAGCUGACUGCUGUCAGCUGCCCUCCCUAGUAAGCAGAGAUAUCAUCGUAUUAUCCUCUUCAUGGUGUGACAGGCUGUGUUUCCACGUCAUUUAUUUCCCUUUAAUCUCCAAAAAUAGGAAGACACCUGUGGCAUGCCGCUAACUCUCACAGACACCGGUUCAGGCGAAUGACAUUCAGGGGCAGGAAUCAGGUGGAUACCAAAAUCUUUCUGUUGCUUUGUGCUUACCACACAGGCUGUAGACUCAUGGGGAAUUUAAUACAGAUCCCAGAUAAUAUCACACAUUUCCAAGCCAA